GGGGCCGGCAACCAGUCUAUUGUGAACCUGUUGCGGACGAACACGUGGACGUACGUGUGUGCAGUCGAGUCUAGAUAGUUUACGCAGGUGCACCGGUGGCGGUGUUUGCAAGACAAGUGUGCAUGCAUGGUUGGACCCAUUGUGCUCUUAGAUAUUAUUUCGGCCAAGCUCUGCAAACCCUCUAGCAUCUACCAGCCACGAUGGCCAGAAUGCAGGCAACCAAGGACCUAUUUCUGCGAUCCAUGUCGGCUAUCUACCUCUUUGCCUUCGCGUCGCUGUAUGUGCAGAUACCAGGUCUGUACGGAGAUAAUGGCAUCCUCCCAGCCAAGGUCGUCCUGAAACCCGACGGUCGCCCGCCAGAGAAGCGCUUCCAGGGUCGCCCCUCCCUCAUGUGGCUGCUGCCUGGCCUGGGAUUGGACGCCCAGGAAGGCAUGGACCUCAUUUGCAUACUGGGCUGCCUCCUGGCCGUGAUUGGUCUGACGUCACGCCGGAUGAGGGACAGCGUUCUGUUCGCGCUGCUGUGGUUCUUGUAUUUGUCCGUUUACGAGGUUGGCCAGACAUUUCUCUGGUUCCAGUGGGACAUCCUCUUACUCGAAGCUGGAUUCUUAACCAUCCUCGUUGCGCCUUUACACCUGCGUAAGUGGCGCCCUCCACAGGCCAGCCAGCACGAUACCAUCACCUUAUGGCUGGUGCGCUGGCUGCUGUUCCGGCUCAUGUUCGCCUCGGGGGUGGUCAAGCUGACCAGCCGCUGCCCCACGUGGUGGGGGCUGACCGCGCUGGACUGGCACUACGAGUCGCAGUGCAUCCCUACCCCCCUGGCGUGGUACGCUCACCAGCUGCCCCAGUGGUUUCAGAAGCUGAGCGUCGCGGCCGUCUACCUGAUAGAGUGCUUCACCCCGUUCCUCUUCUUCGUCCCGAUCCGAAACCUCAGGCUGUUCUCUUGGUUCUCACAGAUUUUGUUGCAGGUUCUCAUUGUGUUGACAGGCAACUACAAUUUCUUCAAUCUGUUGACGGUCACGUUGUGCAUCCCACUACUUGACGAUCAGUUCCUGGGCAAAAAUAAACCAGCUAUCAAGAGCGAUUCUUUUGCUGCCAGAGUUGGCCGUGGUUUGGCCAAGCUGGUGUCGUUCACCGUCUACGCAGGGCUGGCGUACAGCACGGUCAGACUCUUCAAUCUCAGGAUUAACGCGGAAAACUACAGCGUAGAAUCGGAAAUAGCUUUUACCGAUGAGGACUUUUUUAACGGACUGCGAGACAUCAUGCCCUAUACUAUAUGGUUGGGCAAGAUUUCACUGGGUGCUGAAGUUCUCAUGGCAUUGUGGAGAUCGAUCUCACAAGAGCAGGGCAUUCUAGCCAAGGUGUGGUCUUCCUGCCAGUGUUUUGUGUUUACCAGUGUGGCCAUUUACAUGUUUACCAUCAGCCUGGUUCCGCACUGCAUGGUUGACCAGACGGCGUCUGCUAACCUUUCGCCAGAGGUGCGGCAACUGCACCACAAUGUGCAGUCGUUCAACCUGGUUCACUCGUACGGGCUGUUCAGAAGGAUGACAGGGGUCGGAGGUCGUCCUGAGGUCGUCGUCGAGGGGAGCAAUGACCUCAAUAAGGGAUGGAAGGCCUAUGAGUUCCUGUACAAACCGGGAAACGUGAGCGUUUCACCGCCAUUUGUGGCCCCGCACCAGCCCCGUCUGGAUUGGCAGAUGUGGUUUGCGGCACUGGGAAGCUACGAGCGCACCCCUUGGUUCAUUAACUUUGCAUAUAGGCUACUGGAAGGCAAACCAGAAGUUCUUGAUCUGAUAGCAAGCAACCCCUUUCCGGAGAAACCGCCCAAAUUCAUCAGAGCAAACCUGUACACGUACCGCUACACCUCCUUCAGAUCUGGCUCCCCAUCGUGGUGGAAGAGGAAACUCGAGAGGGAGUACAUGCCAGCAAUAUCCAAAGAAACCAAGGGACUCAAAGAACACCUACAACGAAAUGGAAUAAUCCAGGAAAGUUCCAGAAAAAAGGCAAAGUCAAAGACCCAAGAACCUCAAGACAAUACGCUGAAGAAUCUCCUAGCACACGCCCGAAGUUUCUUCGGAGUGCUCACAGGACCCACACUUAUAUUCUCUCUUUUCUUGCCUGCUGUGGUAAUCAGCAUUGCCAUCUGAAAUAAAAAAGGAAUCGGUCAUCAAGUUCAUUCCUUUAACAGCCUCUCAGGUGCUUAGCAGGAAGUGAAAUUGUUUAGCCCAUAACAGGUUGGGAACCAGUUAAAGGCUGAGUAGCCUUGGUACUAUAGUGCCUGGUAGCCCUUUAGUUUCUGCUCAGCACAAAUUUCAAGUGUUAGCAACUUUAUGUUAUUUUGCCAGCUAAAAGAAAAUGAAUCCUGAUAACGCCUUGCAAAGAAAAAGGAGAUAGAAACAUAUUGGUCUUCGAUUGAAGUUGUGGGCACGCACUACGUGUAAACUUGUUUAUUUCUUGUGUGUCCAUUCCCUGUUGCUGUUCCCCUGCCAUUUUGCCUUCGAGAAAGAUCCUUCAAGGGUUGAGAUGGAUCCAACUUUUUUGACAUGAGUUUCGAUUAGUUUUAAGUAAAGGUAGUUACUAGACUGUUUUGCAGUUCCUAGAUGAAAUUAAUCUAUGGACUGUUUGCUAAAAUAGUGCAAAGUGCCUUUUUACACAGAGUUUAACUUUAAAUAUAGUAUUUCUCAAAGCAAUAACUCAUUUCUUGUAAAGCUUCUGUCGUCAUGCAUCGAAUGGUGGAAAGGGUUUCUGGUCAUGAAUAUUCAUCUUUGUCCAAAACAGUUGGUGAUUGGUUGAGAUGCUUUUAGUAUUAUUGGACCAAAUACUUUUUUACAGGAGGGGACCUGGAGACUCGUCUUUAAUAUUUCAGACUAUAUAUUUCCUGAAGUAGAUGUUCCCCGAAGAAAAGCAGUAGGAAAGGUGUAUGAAUAAUCAUGUUAUAAAAUUGGGGGAUUUGGGAAUGUUAGGGUUAAUACUUAGCAAUUUUACGGAGAUUUACUUAUGCUAGUUUGAGUAGCACUAUCGUUUAAUUCACUAGUAAUGUGAACUAAGUUUUUGGAAAAUAUAAUUUAAAAAAAAAUGAAGGACGACGAUAAGGUUGGAUGAAA